AAACACCAAAAAGCCUAUUAGCGAAUGCCAUCGUUCUCUAUUACCAUUCAUUGUCUUCUCCGCUUCGAAGCCAUUGUCAUCGAUCGGGUAUGUUCUCCCUCAGUUUGCAUUUGCUGUCGUUUACCAUUAAUGUUCUUCGUCAUUGUAGCUGAUCGUCCACAAAUUUGAAGCCAUCAUCGAGACAGGGUGCUGUAAUUGAACUUGAGGAGAUUACGAUUACCCACAUCCCUCUCUUCCACAUUGGGUGCUAUUUGAAAAUGAAGAGUUUUCGCAAAAGGGCAUCGCUGAAAAUGAAGAGUUGUUGCGAAAGGGCGUUGUUGAUUGUGAAAUUAAAAUUUUGGAAUUAAGAGGUUGUAAAAGCCUUGAGAAACUACAGCCAUGGCUUCACAGCUUUAAGUCUCUGAGAAAGCUAUAUAUUGAAUGCUGCCCAAAACUUAUUUCUUUGCCGGAUGCAGUGAUUUACAGCAGUUUGUGUCUUAAGGAGUUGAAAAUUUUUAGUUGUGAAUCUCUGAUUUCUAUUGGAAGACACCAGCUACCUCCAACUCUAGAAAGGCUAGAGAUAAGUCGUUGCCACAAGUUGCAGAGGCUGCUGGAUGUGGGAGAGGCUUGUUCAUCUUCUAGGGUUACAGAUGAGGGAAGUAUCAGCUGCAACACUAACUCUCCUAAUCUUCAGCAUUUGAAAAUUGGUGGCUGCCGCUCUCUUACAUUCUUAGGGGAGUUACCUGCUUCCCUCAAACAUCUGGUUAUCAACUAUUCCAUAUUUGACAGUGGAAGAGUAGGUGCAAUUUUAGAGUCAAUAAUUGAAAGGUUCGACAACAACACAUCUCUUGAAUCUAUUGAAAUUGGAUAUCUUCCUUAUCUUAAAUCCUUACCCGAGAACUUGCACAUGCUCACCAAUCUCCACCACAUUUCAAUAGUUCACUGUCCAAGUAUUGUUUCUUUCCCGCAAGGAGGGUUGCCUACAGUUCAUUUGAAAAGCCUUAGAGUUGAGGACUGCGAGAAACUCGAGGCCCUUCCUGAUAACAUGUACAAUCUCACAUCUCUUCAAGAAUUCACUAUAAAGAAAUGUCCAAGUGCUGCUUCUUUCCCUCAGGGAGGGUUGCCCACCGUCCAUCUGAAAAAACUUAUAGUUGAAUCCUGUGACAAACUUGCGGCCCUUCCUGAUAACAUUCACAAUCUCAUGUCUCUCCCAGAAUUGACUAUAAAGAAUUGCCCAGGCAUUGCAUCCUUUCCAGAAGAAGGCUUCCCCACCAACUUGACAUCACUUUGUAUUCAUAAGGUCGAGAUCUAUACCCCUCUGUUUAAUUGGGGUUUGCACAGGCUCACUUCUCUCCAGAACCUCAGUAUUGCAGGCAGAUGUCCUGGUGUGGUGUCCUUUCCACAGGAUGAGAUAGAUAUGAAGUUGCCUACCUCUCUUACCAGCCUUACCAUUGAAGGAUUGCAAGACCUGAUAUACCUUUCUAACAAAGGUUUCCGAAGCCUCACGUCACAUGAAUAUUUGAGGAUUGAGAGAUGCCCUAAGCUUGCCUACUUUCCAAAGAAUGGCCUGCCUCCCUCUCUUCUGCAAUUGCAUAUCCACCAGUGCCCUGUGCUUCAACAAAGGUGCCAGAAGGGUAAAGGGCAGCGCUGGCCAGAAUUAGCCUGCAUUCCAGAAGUGAUAUUCAAUUGUUAUAAAGUUUAGAUAGUGAUAAGGAAGGGGAAGAAUUAAGGUUUUAAAGCUUGUGCUGCUUAGUCCAGGUACUUCCUGACAGGCUGACAUGUAAAAAGUGGAACAGAAAAAUGUUUAACAAUUGUUUGCUUUCUCAACUUUCAAUUUAUAUUUCAAUAAUGCAAUAUAUGCAAUCAAAAUAACAUAGCUUCUGUAUCUGAUUUUAUCACUUGUGUUCAUAUUAAUUUGCAGAAAUAUUUUACAUGAUCCCGAAUAAUGGCCCUAAAGGGUGGAAAACAGGUUCAGGUCCAGAGCAAUUGAAGGACUGGCAAAAGGUUAAUUUUAUUUCUACACAGUUACUAAAGCUUUUGAGUUUUGCUUCUCCAAUCUCUAGGGCCAACAAGCUCAAGGCCUGACCAAAGAAAUUAAAAAUAACAAGUCAUCCUAGCAUCAUCUCUUCUCAUCAAGAUUACCCUAUGAUCGAUCAAAUACUAUAUCAGGACUCUGGUGAAUUUUAUAUAUUGCUGAAUUCAUAUGAAAUUUCCUGUCAUGCUUUGUUGCAUCAUUGCAAAAUGUAUUGUCAUAUUGGUCGCUUUUGCGGCGGAAGUUUACCUUUUUGCUUCCCUUAAACAAUCAAUGAUCACUGUCAAUGAAAGGAAAAUUUUCCU